GUCGACAUGAUAAAUUAAAGAAAUACCGUCCCAACCCCCAAGUCCCCUCCCUCGUCAACGCAACUCUUCAUAAGCCGUUCCCCGCGUUUUGGUUCCGGUUCAGCGAUGGCUUCACUGGACACCGACGUGACGAUGGUUCCCGCAGGCGAGGCCUCCGGCGGCGCUGUCCCGUCUUCUUCCACCGCAUCCACGUCGUCCUCCUCCAAGAAGGCCAAGCGAUUCGAGAUCAAAAAGUGGAACGCCGUCUCUCUCUGGGCUUGGGAUAUUGUUGUGGACAAUUGUGCGAUUUGCAGGAACCAUAUCAUGGAUCUCUGCAUUGAGUGCCAAGCUAACCAAGCUAGUGCCACAAGCGAGGAGUGUACUGUUGCUUGGGGGGUUUGUAACCAUGCAUUCCACUUCCACUGCAUCAGCCGAUGGCUCAAAACACGCCAAGUGUGUCCAUUGGGUAAGUUAUCUGGGUUCCAAAAUUACUCCCUGGAUUCACAUCAUCACAAUUGCAUGUUGAUCCCUAUUUUCGCUUUGUGCUUGUUGUCACAGAUAACAGUGAGUGGGAGUUUCAGAAGUAUGGCCACUAAACCAAGAAGCCUGUUGAUCCCUAUUUUCGCUUUGUGCUUGUUGUCACAGAUAACAGUGAGUGGGAGUUUCAGAAGUAUGGCCACUAAACCAAGAAGCCUGUUGCGUUUGAACAGUUGGAUCCACCUCUUUUCAACUCAGCACGUUUUUAAGUUGAAAACUCGAUCUAUCAUGUUUUUUUUUUUUGCCUUCAUUGAUGCAAACUUUAGGCCCAGAAAUAUGUACUGAAGUAUUCAGAGUUGGAUAUGCAACAGGUGCAAUAUGUAGUUUCAGGAUCUUUUCUUUCGAACACCAUGUAGUUUCAGGAUCUUUUCUUUCAAACACCAUUCCCUUAAAUCUGGUGUCAUUUGGAUUCUUAACGGAUGCAAGUUUUCUUCUUAAAUGUCAAUACGUUUAUCUGAUACUAUCA